GGGCUGCGGACGCCGGCGGACGCGUCGCCGGCUUCUCCGGGUGAGGACGCGGGCUGCAUCUGCAGGAGCAGUGGACUCCGGCGGCGGUGCGGGCGACUGUCCUUGUGGGAUGUUCCUGCAACAAGUUUGCUUCAGCAAACUGUUUGAUGCCUGACCUUUCUAUACGGAUUAUACUCAGCUUCUUGUUUAGAAGAUGGCUCCUACAGGACGCCUUGUUACCAUCAAAAGGAGCGGGGUGGACGGGCCCCACUUUCCACUGAGCCUCAGCACCUGCUUGUUUGGAAGGGGCAUCGAAUGUGACAUUCGCAUCCAACUGCCUGUAGUCUCAAAACUACAUUGCAAAAUUGAAAUCAAUGGGCAGGAGGCAAUACUGUUUAAUUUCAGUUCCGCGAAUCCAACACAAGUCAAUGGAUCUGCUAUUGAUAAGCCUGUACAGCUAAAGCAUGGAGAUGUGAUCACUAUUGUUGACCGUUCUUUCAGGUAUGAAAAUGAAAGUCAUCAGAAUGGAAGCAAGUCACCUGGAUUCCCAGGACAAAGACACAAACAGGAAUCUCUGCAUCGAGUCUCAAGAUCUAGCCUCUCUUCCAACCCUGAUGGGAAAGUUCAAGAUUCCAAUGCCCAUUCGAAACCGUCUGAAGAAAAUGUUUCAGGACGGCCUCAGAAGAAGGGCGAAGCCGCCAGCCCCAUCUCGGGGGGCUCCGAAGAGCUGGCUGCAAGCAGAACGCUUCCUGUGGCCCGUCCCUCGGAAGUUGCUGGACGUAACUACAGAAAUGUCCCGGAGCCCACAGGCAGGGAUUUUCAGGAAGAUUCUAGUGGCAGCUUCGUGAGCUGUAGAGGAGGCCUCGGGUCUUUGCCCUGCGCCCGGGGCCUGGAGAACGGGGCGAGCCGUGAGUCCCCCUUCAAGAAGCUUUAUGACUCCAUGAAGGAAGAGCUCGAUGUAAAGUCAGAAAAAGGAGAUGUUCUACAGAGUGGCAAAAAAUCUGGAUCACGGGGUCAUCGUGCACCGGAGAAGGAAUGUUCUGGUGGUUUACAAGCCGAGACACACAUCCCUGUGUCCCCUAAGUCCAGACCCCAGUCAGGUCGGAGCACCCAAGUGAAGGCAGACCCUGCUUUGGAAGAACAAGGAAUUAGCCAGACUGAGGACAGGAGAGAAGGCGAGGAGGCUGUGGAGACUCCCAAGGACGCCAGGGGUCCCGUCGUCCCUCCUGAGGAGACGACAAAACCCAAGACCCCCGUACAACGCUCCCCACAGACCCCCUCACGGAAGCGUCAGCAUCAAGACGUGGGAGUUACCAGUGGACGUGCGUCUGCGGAUCGGGGUCCAGAGGAAGGCUUCGGGGCGGGUAGCAAGUCGCUGACUCCCAGGAAGUCCUUAACCAGAAACCAAACACCCGCUCAAGUUGAGUCUGCUGCUGAUUUUGGAGAUACACCAGAAAAACGCUUUUCCAGAAAGAGGAAGAGUAUUCCUACCAGUGUGGACGUUCUUACGCCAGAAACAGAAGCUCAGAAUCCCGCUAUUUUAGCUCCGUUGCCCGUUCAAGUUGAAAGGAAGAUUCCAAACAGUUCCAUCCACCAGCCUGAGAAGGGGGGUGCCGCCCCGGGGCGCAUGCACUCAGGGUUGCCUGGUCGCGGUUCGGUUGAUCCCAGCAACUUCGGUGAAUCCAUUAGUAAGGCUGAAGGAACACCCCUGAAAAGAAGGCGGGUCUCCUUUGGUGGGCGCCUGAAGCCGGAGUUAUUUGAUGAAAACUUACCUCCUAAUACACCUCUCAAGAGAGGAGAAACACCUCGAAGGUCUCUCGUAAGCCACACUCCGCCCGUCCUGAAGAAAAUCAUCAAGGAACGCCCUCAACCGUCCGGAAGAGAAGACUCCUCCGGACUCCGUCCAGAAGUGACCACGCAGCCGCAGUUGGCGGGAUCUCCAGCCCGCGAUCCGACCAGAACUCCUCCAGGUGCCAGUGACCCACGCCGCGGGUCACCCAAGGCGUCCUCGGUCUCCAGUGGCGGCAAGUCUCCCCAUCAGGCGGAUGUUCCUAAGAGGGGAGGCAGGCGGAGCGGCAACUUGCUUUCAAAGAGGGCCUCCGUCGACCGGAGCCAACACGAGAUCCUGCAGAUGAUUUUCUCCAAGAGAAGGAGUGGAGCCUCGGAAGCCAACUUAAUCGUGGCAAAGUCGUGGGCAGACGUGGUCAAACUCGGGGCCAAGCAGACCCAGGCUAAAGCGGUUAAACACGGCCCUCAGAGACAGCUGAGCAGAAGGCCAAGGAAAGCCAACACUCCGAAGAAGCCUGUGAGCGGCAUUCCCAAUCAGUUUAGUACAGGCCAUGCCAACUCUCCCUGUACCAUAAUCAUAGGGAAAGCUCACCUCGAAAAAGUAAACGUGCCUGCUCGGCCCUACAGAAUGCUCAACGACUUUGUCAUCAACAAAAAUAUGGACUUCAGUGAAGAUCUUUCAGGGUUAACUGAAAUGUUCCGAACCCCGGCAGCGAAAGUGAAGCCACAAACAGAGAGCCUGUGUCCCAGCGCUUUCUCACAUUCAGAAGACGUUGUCAGAAGAGAGUUUCAAGUACCUGAUUCAGGAGAAAAACCUCUGCUACGCACGUCUGAAAAUUUUGGAGAGAAAGUAUUCCCCGAGGCUCAGAAUGCACCACAAGAGCCCUUUGAUCAAAGCCCCGCGAGCCCUGUCCUCAGACGACAGAGUAUCAGAGCAAACGUGAACAUCGAGAAGACUCCAGCAUCCGAGGCAGAGGCUCCCAAGGCUGCAUCAAGUGCAAACCGGCUUCGAAGGUCCGUGGGGCCCAGCAGCACACAGAAGCCGGGUGCGGGGCGCAAGGACGAAGAAGCCCAAGGAGACCCCGAGGAGAACGCUUCAGGACGCCAUCUGAUGAAGACCCCAAAACGAGGACAGAACCCGGAGGGAGCAGCGGGGGCACAGGAGGGCUGUGCUGGAGUGCGUGAGCAAGAUGCCGGGGCAGAGGAAACCUCUGAAGGGGCGGUAGCUGCGAGGAGGUCGAGAAGGUAUUCAGAGCAGAAACAGGAACCAGUUGCAGACCUGACCUCCCUCAAGAGAUGGCAGGACACAGAACCCAAGGAAGACCGGGGGAGCAUCCAAGGUCUCCUCCGCACACCCAUUCACGCCCAGGGACCAAAGGAUGCUGAGGACCGAAUGACAGAAAAGCGCCAGAAAUCUUCAAAGGCGGAACUAGGCGGCCCACCGGCCAGGAUGAGCAUACGGCUCAAGGCCCCCCCCCAGAGAGCGGGCCUGGAGGAGGGGCCCUCGGCUCUCAGGAAGCCCACCCAGGUGCCAGCGGAAAGCCCACGCUCACACGGAGAACAGGGAGGUGGUGACGAAGACAUCGGGUGGUUUACCAGAACUCCCUAGCAGAAACUGAACGCUGCAGAAAAUGUAACUGGAAGCAGGAGGUGGCCAAGAACACCUAAAACCAAUACCCAUCCCUUAGAAGAUCCGGCUGGACUCCGAGAUCUCUUCCAAACACCAAACCACACAGAUAAACCAACGACUGGUGACCAAAACACCAAAGUUCCCUGCAAAUCCCCACUGGCAGGACCAGGCAACACACCAGCAAGUAAAAAGAGGUGGCUCGAGACCCCUCCCCAGAAAGUAGACGUGGAAGAGGAGCCCUCAGCUCUCAGGAAGCCCACCCAGACGCCAGGGGAAAGGCCACACUCACACAGAGAACCAGGCGGGGAAGAUGAAGACAUCAGAUUGUUUAACAAAACUCCAGAGCAGAAACCUGCAGAAAAUGUACGUGGAAGCAAGAGGCGGCCAAGGACACCCAAGACAAAGGUCCCGUCCCUAGAAGACCUGGCUGGACUCAAAGAGCUCUUCCAAACCCCAGACCCGGUGACUGGUGACCACACCACCAAAGUCUCCUGCAAAUCUCCACUAGCAGAACCAGUCAACACACCAGCAAGGAAAAAGAGGCAGUUUGAGACCCCUCCCCAGAAAGAGGACCUGGAGGAGGGGCCCUUGGCUCUCAGGAAGCCCACCCAGACGCCAGGGGGAAGCGCACACUCACACGGAGAACCUGUGGGUGAGGGUGAAGACAUCAAAUUGUUUACGGAAACCCCAAAGCAGAAACUGGACCCUGCGGAAAAUGUAACUGGAAGCAGGAGGCAGCCAAGAACACCCAAGAAAAAGGUCCACUCUUUAGAAGACCUGGCUGGACUCAGAGAGCUGUUCCAAUCACCAGACCAUACAGACAAACCAAUGACUGGUGACCAAACCACCAAAGCACCCUGCAAAUCUCCACUAGCAGGGCCAGGCAACACGCCAGCAAGUAGAAAGAGGCAGCUCAAGACCCCUCACCAGAAAGUGGACCUGGAGGGAGAGCCUUCAGCUCUCAGGAAGCCCACCCAGACGCCAGGGGAAAACACACACUCACAUGGAGAACCUGUAGAUGAAGAUGGAGAUAUCAAAUUGUUUAAGGACACUCCAAAGCAGAAACUGAAUGCUGCAGAAAAUGUAACUGGAAGCAAGAAGUGUCCAAGAACACCCAGGGAAAAUGUCCAGUCUUUAGAAGACCUGGUUGGCCUCAAAGAGCUCUUCCAGUCACCACACCACACAGAUAAACUAAUUACUGGUGACCAAGCCACCAAAGUUCCCUGUACAUCUCCACUAGCAGGACCAGACAACAAGCCAACAAACAGAAGGAGGCGGCUCAGGACCCCUCCCCAGAAAGUGGGUCUGGAGGAAGAACCCUCAGCUCUCAGGAAGCCCACCCAGACGCCAGGAGAAGGCCCACACUCACACGGAAAACCAAUAGGUGGUGGUGAAGACAUCAGAUUGUUCAAGGAAACCCCAGAGGAGAAACUGGGCCCUGGAGGAAAUGUAACUAGAAGUAAGAGACGACUAAGAACACCCAAGAAAAAGGUCCAGGCCUUAGAAGACCCAGCUGGCCUCAAAGAGCUCUUCCCAAUACCAAACCACACAGAUAAGCCAAUGACUGGUGACCAAACCAAAGCACCCUGCACAUCUCCACUAGCAGGACCAGACAACAAGCCAACAAACAGAAGGAGGCGGCUCAGGACCCCUCCCCAGAAAGUGGGUCUGGAGGAAGAACCCUCAGCUCUCAGGAAGCCCACCCAGACGCCAGGAGAAGGCCCACACUCACACGGAAAACCAAUAGGUGGUGGUGAAGACAUCAGAUUGUUCAAGGAAACCCCAGAGGAGAAACUGGGCCCUGGAGGAAAUGUAACUAGAAGUAAGAGACGACUAAGAACACCCAAGAAAAAGGUCCAGGCCUUAGAAGACCCAGCUGGCCUCAAAGAGCUCUUCCCAAUACCAAACCACACAGAUAAGCCAAUGACUGGUGACCAAACCAAAGCACCCUGCACAUCUCCACUAGCAGGACCAGACAACAAGCCAACAAACAGAAGGAGGCGGCUCAGGACCCCUCCCCAGAAAGUGGGUCUGGAGGAAGAACCCUCAGCUCUCAGGAAGCCCACCCAGACGCCAGGAGAAGGCCCACACUCACACGGAAAACCAAUAGGUGGUGGUGAAGACAUCAGAUUGUUCAAGGAAACCCCAGAGGAGAAACUGGGCCCUGGAGGAAAUGUAACUAGAAGUAAGAGACGACUAAGAACACCCAAGAAAAAGGUCCAGGCCUUAGAAGACCCAGCUGGCCUCAAAGAGCCCUUCCCAAUACCAAACCACACAGAUAAGCCAAUGACUGGUGACCAAACCACCAAAGCACCCUGCAAAUCUCCACUAGCAGGACCAGACAACAAGCCAACAAACAGAAGGAGGCGGCUCAGGACCCCUCCCCAGAAAGUAGAACUCAAGGAAGAGCCCUCGGCUCUCAGGAAGCCCACCCAGACGCCAGAGGAAAACACACAUUCACUCAGAGAAUCAGAUGAUGACAAAGACAUGAAAUUGUUUAAUAGAACUGCAAGGCAGAAACUGGGCCCCACAGAAAAUGUAAUGGGCAGGAAAUAUCAGCUAAGAGCGCCCAAGGAAAAGGCCCAACUCCUGGAAGACAUGGCCAGUCUCACAGAGCCCAUCCCGACACCAGAUCAUACCAAGGAACAAGAGGGCAAGGCUGGUGGCAUGAAGGGAGCUCCACAGCAAAUACCAGAUGGCGGGAAGCCUGUCAAAAUCUUACCGGGAGUCCUUAGGGCCCCUCGAGCACAGCCGGCGGAAGACCAGGCGGGCCUCAGAGACCCUGUACAAUCUCAAAGUGAAAGCAGCGUUUCCCUGUCCCCCAAGAGGAAACGAGGAAACAAGGGGGGUGUCACAGGAACAAAGAGGGUGCGCUCUGUGUCACCUGUACAGGCCCCUGCAGAAGAGAAGCCCCCCCAGAAGAAAAGAAGGGGAGCCCCCAGAGAAGGAUGCAACCCAACUGGACCCCUGGCCACGAAGAAAAAGCUAAGGAUUGUGGGAGAAGGGAUGGAACUCCUGGAGGACCUGACCAGCCACAAGAGGGAAACGAGAAGAAGGGGGCGAGAUGUAGAAAGGACCCCUGCACAACAGGGAAUGUCUCUGCGCUCUAGACGGCCUAACAAACCCGAGCUCGAAGAGCACAGUCCCGAGCCUGUUAAAGCAGCAGCAGAGAAGGUGAAAACAAAGAGAAAUAACAGGAAGCCCCUGACGACCUCCCAGGAGACAAAGCCACAAAGCCCCGAAGACGGAGCCAAGAACCCUACACCUCAAGGCCAAGUCCGUGCAAGCAGAAUGUGUCUGCGGUCUGCGAGACAGAAGAAGAUGCCCUUGCCUGACGGAGCAGAGGAGAGGCGGAGGGGGAAAGGUGUGGCUGUCUGCGUGAAGAAUCAUGAGGAAGAAAGAACGCAACGCUCAGAUUUCGUGUCUUUGAGAUCCAGAAACAUUACGAUCCCUCCAGGAGGAAAUGCUUCGGAGAGCGAAUCCCAACAGCGAGUGACUCGGGGUGCCAAGAGAUGUGCCGAAAAUAUAAAAAAGGAUGAAGACAACGUGAACAUCAAGAAAAUAAGAACCAGAAGUCGUCAGGACAAUUAAGAUGUUUAGCAAAGAAGCUUGGGAGGGGGGGCGUUGUGGGGGGCGGGGGUGGGAACAAGUGACCUGUUUCAGCACAAUCUUUGGGUACAUUUAAAAGGGAAUUCUGUAAAUAAUGCUAUCCGGGUGUUUAAGGAAUGAAUUUUUAGAAUUUUCCAUCUCCAGAUGGUGUAUUCACAAAGGCCACGUGGCGGUCAGAGACUGUUCAUCACUUAUAACGUGAUAAAAAUGUAAAACUUGGGUUGGGACGGGUGGGGGGCUUGGGACCUAGAAAUGGCUUUUAAUUUGACAAAAUGAGCCCCGGAAGUUUCUCACCCGUCCGUCCUUGUCAGCCGUGGACGCCAGCACGUGCCACACGGCUCUGUAGAUGCUUUAUGUGGGUCCGUGUCCCACAUCAGAAUGUGAAUCAGGGGCUUCUGUCCCUGUGUCGCCAGCACUGGGCAGGCACUCAGGAAACGUUAGGGAAAGGGCAGAUUAGAAUAGAUGAAUGACGUGUGUCAGGUCUUUCUUCACAAUGGGGGACGCAUUUGGCCCAUUCGCAAAGGCUCGUGGCCACCCACAGGGGACAGCCCUGUCCUCGGUGUCCCUGCCCUGGAGGGAAUACAAGUGUGACCUGGGGGAAGCUGGUGGCCCCACCUGCAAGGUGGCGGGGGUCACGGAUUUAGACCGCCUGGGGCUCGCCUUUGUCGCUUGCAGAGUAUUUGUCUCAGCUGGGACUGCUCGCAUCUGAGAAGGCACCCACCCCUGCGUCUCAGGGCCACUGGCCAGGGUGCCCCCCACCCCCCCAUCUCUGAACAGUGACAAUAGUCAUUCCAGCUUCUCGAACUUUCUGUCCUGUCUUUACCUUUUCCCAGCAUUCUCCCCGAUCUGCACCCGCCUGGGCGUUCCCGGACUGCACCUGUCGGCCUGCCUCAGUGCCCCACAUGCCACCUUGUUCAGAAAAUAGCACCCACCCUCCUCCUGAGGAACGGCCGUGAUCCAGGGGUGUCCGUGUGAGCUGGAGCCCCCCGGGGCCUCAGACCCAGGCAGCCGGGCCUCAGCAUCUUGUCCCGCCGUGUCUUGUCCGUCUUUCUGUGUUCCCUGGGGUAGAAACCAGCACACUUUCCCUCCAGUCGCCCGUCCGCGUCUCCCCCGCUGGUCUGGCCGUGUGGAGGCGAGGAAGGGACAUGAGCGCAGCUGUCCCCUCCGGCGUCCCCGUCUGCCCUUUCUGUCCUUGUGUAUGGCAUGGAGCCACAUAAUAAAAACUGCUGAAGUAGC